AUGGAUCUAGCCGGCCACAUGAGCAUUCAUGAAAACCUGUGGUAAAUCACCAUAGACAAGACGACAUCGCCACACAUUCCUUCAUCAACACAUGCACCACGCAUGUAAACCUCCAACAUGCCACACCACGGACACCUCUCAAGCAACAGGAAAGUGCGCUGUCCGCCUCCUUUCUCCGUGUGGUUCCUGUGAUGUAUGUGAAAUCCGAGCGUGCUACUUCCUUGUGCAUGAAAUCCUGGUUUGGGGUCAGGUCGUGUGUGUGGCACGCGCUGAUGAGCUGUUCUCGGCUCUGUCGGCCACCUCUCCCAAUCUCAGCAUCAGUUGUUCGACAUGCUCGAAUAGUGGACUUGUGCACGGGAUAGGGUAGAGUGAGUGACAUCGACUCACAGAAAACAUUUCCUCACCAUAAACAAUCUGGUGUGCUUGAGACUGUUACGGUGAGCUAAAAGACAUGACUUAGAAGUCUGCGAACUGAAGCUUCAACUCAGGCCGCGCAGUCAGCCCAGUUGCGUGUUCGUGGACUGAGAGUCCGACCGCGACGGCUCCUUCUUGAUAGCGCUCUCUCACCCGAGUGGGAUCCCAUCCGCACAACCGCCGUUGUGUGUAAUCCUGGUGUUUGCGUUUGGUGGGCCAGGUCGUGCAUGUGACGCGCGCGGAUGGGCUCUCUGUCAGCCACUGCGUCAACUUCCGGCAUCUGACCAGCUCUACAGUGAGAAGAGAGAGUGAAGUCGACGGUGACAGUGCGUAUUCCUCAAUGUAAAAAAUCUGACGCGUUUGAAUCUAUCGUGCUAAAAUUCGUGAAUUGGAAGAUUGCUAUCUGGCGAUUCAACUCAGACCUCACAGUCAGCCCAGUUGGUUAUUGGGCUGACUGACCGACUGGUGAAAAUAGAGUCAGGCCGCAAUGACAAUAUGUAAUCUAUGGCACUCAAGCCUAGCAGGAUCACAGCCGCCCCAACCUUUUUCCUCCAUAAAAAUUCUGGUCAGUGUACAUUUUGGACUAGAGGGUAUGAGCGUUUUCGUCGUUCCAGUCAAAUGCAUCCUCUCACGCCUCCGGUCUUCUUGACUCUAUCUUGACACGGGGCCCAGGAGGGGGAGGAGGAGGGAAGAGUGCGGUAGAUGCGGUGCAAGUCCCCCGUCACGCGAAAGCCACCGCCCCUGCGCCCACGCUGCCGUUAGGUACACGGUGGACAUCAUCGGUAAUGACGGUCAAAAAGACGUGUGUAAGCAGGGUGACCGGCUUGAGGACUGAGAGUCAGGCUCAGUGGCUCAUUCUUAAUGUAGCCUCUAUGGCAGUCUCACGAACCUGAGAUCAAAGCCCCCUUCUGUGGACACCUGGCACAUUGUGUGAGGAGCAGGUCGUAUAUGACACGCGUUGACGGGCUAUUUAUCUCUGUCAGCCAUUGCGCCCAGGCCCACCUCCGGUUGUUCUUACUCUGUCUUCCCAUCGGAUUUUGGUGGGUGAGGGAGGAUAGAUUGCAGCAGCUACUGCGCAUGUCUGCUGUCACUAUAAACUGCUUCAGACGCAAGUAAGCGCUGCUGCACCCAUCGCAUCGGGGGGCACAUGGUGGUCGUUGUCGCUCGCGCCGUUUGAACUCGGACACUUAUAAAACGAAAAGUCAAACGGUAUUGUUUUUUGACCUGGUUUGAUCGGCUUUUCGGCGUCAAUGGCCCGGUCAGUCGGCUACACCCGUCUUAGCGUCACAUGACCUACGAACUGCAUGUUUUGUAGGACCUCUUGCUUGAAGUGCGGGCGCACAGUUGUUCUUGAUCUUUCUAUUUCACGUUGCCAUGUCAACACACGGGAAUCAUAAAUAUCUGUAAGAGACACAAACGCCGUUUAUGGGAUCCAUAAAACGGACAUAUACUGAGUAAAUAGGCCAAAGUGCGUGGAUAUAUGCAAUCAGACCUCGUGCUAGGCAGGCGGAUCAAGCUAGUAGUUUAGCAGACGAGAGAGAGAGAGAGAGAGAGAGAGAGAGAGAGAGAGAGAGAGAGAAAGAAAGAAAGAAAGAAAGAAAGAGAAAGAAAGAGGGUUAAGCUGGAAAAGCUUAGUUAUACCAUUGCAUUUAUCUGUACGGCUAUAGCAUGCAAUGACCAGGUACAGGACUAGUGUCUUCCUGGUGAAGAUUCGCAUUCCAAGAACCAUUUCAUACGAGAAUAGAGUGAAAUAAUAGGAUAAAGCAGAAGAAGAAGAAGAAGAAGAAGAAGAAGAAGAAGAAGAAGAAGAAGAAGAAGAAGAAGAAGAAGAAGAAGGAGAAGAAGAAGAAGAAGAAGAAGAAGAAGAAGAAGAAGAAGAAGAAGAAGAAGAAGAAGAAGAAGAAGAAGAAGGGGAAAAAGUCCUGA